GGGUGCGGAAGGGAGGAGGCUGGUGGACUGUGACCAGAAGCACUCCAAGGGCUCCCACUUUGACAACAUAGGCCAGGGCCUUAAGCAUCUUUUUCAGCAUCAGAGACGCCGCUCCUCCGUCUCCCCUCACGAUGUCCAACUGGCACAGCCAGAACCUGAUCCGGAACCGGACCCAUCGCAGGUUUCAGACGUUGACGGAGCAGGGCAACCCACUGCCCUCAAUCGUGUCCUUCAGCAAAUUCGGGCUCCACCCAAAGUGAAAAGAGGGAGCAGCCUUCAGCAAAACCGCAAAGGCAAGACACGCGGGAGCCCACAAAUCGGUCGCCGGUCUGCGCAGGACAUCAUGGCUGUCCUUUCACAGCCUGCCCGUCCUCGGUCUUCAUCCACAACAGAUGCACACCCCGCCUCUACAGCGCUAGAAAUCUCCAACAACUCAUACCUAUCUGCAGAAGAUUCAUCUGAGAAGAUCGAUCGAUUAGAAGGCGGCUCUCUGUCCCAGGCGUCCAGCAUGGUGUCCUCGGGGGUAGACGGCAUGCUGGCUCCGGACAUGGUGGACGUAACCCCCGAUCCUCAGCGCACCAAGGCCGCCAUCCUGCACCUGCAACAGAAGAUCCUCAAGCUCACCGAACAAAUCAAGAUCGAGCAAACCGCCAGAGACGACAACGUGGCCGAAUACUUGAAACUGGCCAACAAUGCCGACCGGCAGCAGGGCGCCCGCAUCAAGCAGGUAUUUGAAAAGAAGAACCAGAAGUCCUCGCAGUCCAUCCUGCAGCUGCAGAAGAAGUUGGAGCAUUACCACCGCAAGCUGCGCGAGGUGGAGCAGAACGGCAUCGCUCGGCAGCCCAAGGACGUGCUGCGGGACAUGCACCAGGGGCUGAAGGGCGUCGGCGCCAAAGUCACGGGCUUCAGCGAAGGGGUGGUGGACAGCGUGCGGGGGGGGCUGUCCACUUUCUCCCAAGCCACCCACUCGGCGGCCGGUGCCGUGGUGUCCAAGCCGCGGGAGAUCGCCUCCCUGCUGCGCAAUCGGUUCGGCAGCAGCGACAACAUUCCAUCCCUGGACGAUCCGUCGGGUUUGUCUUCCACGCAAGGAGAGGACAUGAUGGGGAGGAGCCUGGCCACCUUGAACGCCUUCCAGGCCAGCCCCAAGUACGGCAGCGAGGAGGAUUGCUCCAGCGCUACGUCCGGGUCGCUGGGCGGCAACAGUACCAGCGGGGGUCCGGGUGGAGGAGGGGGAGGCGGAGGAAGCUCCCGAACCAACACCUUGGACAUGCACGGAGGGCUGAUGGGCUUCGAGGUGGUGAUGCAGGAGAUCCAGGAAAUGCGCGAGACUCAGAACCACCUGGAGGAGUCCCUGGAAGGACUAAGGACUCGGUAUCAGAGCGAAUACUCCUUCAUUUUACAGUCCCUGCAGGAGGAGAGGUACAGAUGUGAACGGUUGGAGGAGCAGCUAAACGACCUCACGGAGCUCCACCAGAACGAGAUCCUCAACUUGAAGCAAGAGCUGGCCAGCAUGGAGGAGAAGAUCGCCUACCAGUCGUACGAGCGGGCGCGGGACAUCCAGGAGGCGCUAGAGGCGUGCCAGACGCGGAUUUUGAAGAUGGAGCUCCAACAGCAGCAGCAGCAAGUUGUCCAGCUGGAGGGUCUAGAGAACGCCACGGCCAGGAACCUCCUCGGCAAACUCAUCAACAUCCUGCUGGCCCUCAUGGCCGUGGUCCUAGUCUUCGUCUCCACCGUGGCCAACUGCGUCGUCCCGCUACUGAAGACCCGCGGCCGGACGUUAGGGACGGUCCUCCUGGUCCUGGUGGCCGCGCUGCUUUACAAACACUCCGAUUUCUUCUCCGAAUACCUGGAACGACUACUGUCCCCCCCGAGAUAACCGGGCUCCCCCACCCCGAAAAGCGAACUGUGAAAAAGAGAUGGUACAGUCCUCUUGUCUAGAGAAACUGGAAGAGCCCAUCUGCCUGGCGGCGGGGGGGGAGGCG